GUGGGCGUGGCCAGUGCCGGGCGAUCGCGAGCUGCCGGGAAUGACGGCUCCGCGGAGGGGGGAUCGCGAGGGGCCGCCAGGCAGGCUCGUCUCUCCUGGAUCGGAGCGCUGGUGGGAUAGAGGCGGGGAGCUUCGCUGGCGCCUUGGCUUAUGCCGUCGUCUGGAACCUUUUGGGCCAGGGCAGCCCCUCGAGGAAAGGCACGAAACCAAUGCAUGAGAAAGCAGGGCUCAUGCACAGCCUGGACAAACUGGAGGCAUUACACAAGGAAAAGAGCUUGGAUUCUCCAAAUGGCAGCCUGCACCUGAGUGAUGCCAUCAAGGAGGAGGAGUUAAAGAAAUGCCGCAGCGAAGUCACGCCUCCCAAUAAAUACAACUCACAGUACCACAAGUUGUUCAAGGACAUCCCUACCGAGGAGAGUGUGCUGAAAGUCUGCUCCUGUGCUCUCCAGAGAGACAUCCUCAUCCAAGGCCGCCUCUACAUCUCCCCAAACUGGCUCUGUUUCUAUGCAAACCUUUUUGGGAAGGAUAUCAAGGUUGUCAUUCCUGUUGUCUCUGUCCAGCUGAUAAAAAAGCACAAAACGGCUCGCCUGUUGCCGAAUGGACUUGCUAUCACCACCAAUGCCAGCCGAAAGUACAUCUUCGUGUCCCUGAUCUCCAGAGACAGUGUGUACGAUGUGCUGCGGAGAGUCUGCACCCACUUGCAGGUCUCAAGCAAAAAGAGCCUGAGCUUGAAGGAACUGACUGAAGAGCCUGACACGGUUUCACUGGAGGUGAUUGUCCCAGAAGUGAAGUGGAGGAAGGGCUCGCCGGCUUCGUUGUCCCUGGCCCUCCCAGAUGCAGGCUUCCAGUGCAUCCACCGGGCUUCUAUCAGCAGCCUCAGCACAAAGGAGAGCUCUUGUAACUCGGAGGAGCCCCUAGUAUCAGAAAGUGCAAUAAACACUGAAGAGGAGUUGGAGGUGGAGCAGAGCUACCAAGCAGAGUUGAGGCCAUCUGAUUAUCAGCUGCUGAAAAUCUUCAUUGUCUUGAUCUGCCUCCUGGUGGUCUCCUCCUCCUACCUGGCUUUUCGCAUCUUCCGCCUGGAGCAGCAGCUCUGCUCUUUGAACCGGGACUAUCUCUCGCGUGUGCCCCGGAGGUGACUGUGGGCUCAAUAAAGACAACAAUGGAGAAAACAGCACCCGCAAACAUAGAUCUGUGCUGCGUCCAAGGAGUUAACACGACUGCUGUGAAGCCAGAGCAAAUGAGCCCCAUGCUCUGUGCUCCUCCUGGACCAAAGCUCUCUGCUUCCAGUGGCGAAAUCUAGAAGUGCUUUCCUGCCGUCAGCAACCCAUUGGGACGCUUGGCCAACAGUAGCCAAUGCAGCAGCUUCCAGAUGUUGUUGGGCGAUGACGUCCAUCGUCCCUGGCUGUUGGCGGGAGUCCAGCAACAUCUAGAGGGGACCCUGCGGCUGCCGAACUGGCUGUACAUGGGCAGUAGUGGUGCUUGUGAGAGUAGCCAAGCGUUGCCAGUGCAAUAGUGUCUCCAUUGAUGGUGUCUCUGGCCAUACCUUCCAAAGGCUCUUCAGCCACUGAAGACGUUGGGUAGCUUGCUCUCUAGAGCUGCAAGAAAAUUUGGAACUGCAGGGCUUCCUCUGAGGCUCCCCUUUGUAUUUCAAAACUGCAAUGUCUUCCCGGGGCUUUGCUCCAGAAGGGCUGACUGUUACCACCAGCUAACUGUUGCGGCUGGUCCUCUUUCGCAUCCUAAUGCAUCCUAGCAAGGUCUGAAGAAGUAGCUGGGUUCUCUUCUAGGAGGACUAUGGACUGCUGCUAGUUCUCGCUGCUUUUUUCCCCCUGGACGAAAGAAAGUUGGUGUUGGGUUUUUUUUGCUGCAGCGAAAAGCUCUGCCUUGGAAGGAAGAUGGAAGUAUCCUUUGCCCAGGGCAGUGAAAUCAUCUCCAUUAGAAUCCAUCUUCUUGCACUAACAGGAUUCCUGUUGUCCAGGGAAAGCUGCUGGAGCAAUUCUUGUGGCCCUGCAAAAUUGCUGUAACCGCUGCAGCAACGUUCAGCUAAGGGACCCUGUGAACUGCCAGGCAGGCCCUGAACACUCAUGGAAAGACGCCACGGGUAUGCACUUUCUGGGGACAGAUAUGACUUAGUGGUGCAUGUGGCCCUUGAAGCACUUUACGUGGGUCUGCCCCACUUAACCCAAGGGCUUUGCAGCUUGGCACUGACAUGAGGAAGCAGAGACAGGGGGCUUGGCUGGGGUAAAGCAAGCUGAUCGCUCCAUUUCUUUGUUGUUGGGGAGGUUUUUGGCCCUUUGCAGAUGCGCCAGCUCUCUCCUCGGAAGCAGGUGGAGCCAAGGCCAUGCCCGUCAUUCCGUCAUUCUGCAGCACAGCAACACAAGGCAGCUCUCUGACCCCCAAGCCCUUGAGAGGCCAUUUCAUAUGCAGGCUUGGAAUCAGCCAUCUGCAUCCCUAGCCAUGGAAGCCUUGAAUGGCUUGUAUAGAUGACUUGGGCUGUGGUUGGGGGCAGGGGGAGAGGGUUUGUCUGCUCCCGUCAGUGCUACUGCCCUGGACAAACUGGGAGAGUUGGCCAAGGGUAGAACCAUGGAGGCAGAAAUCCAGGGAGCAGUUAAGAACAUCGGAAGAACCCUGAUGGGUAACUGUGAGAAGCCCCACUGGAUCACCGAGAAGCCAGGAUCCUGGCCCGUGAGAGUGAGGACUAUGCUGAAGAAGCUGGUUGUCUUCGCAAGCAAAGUUCUCCAAGGUGGACUUGAGGCCGCAUGAAAAACGCCUCUCCAGCACAGACUGAAUGAUUGAACGAGUGUGUGAGCUAGUGUGUGGCCUUUGAAUACAGAGCAAGCAGACCACUUUGGGAAUGGUCCCUUUCAGGAGGAAGUGGGCCCUGCCUGUGGGACGUUAAGGGAUCUGGGACCCUCUUGGGGUUUAAGGGCGAUGCUUUUCAAACUUCCUGCUUUGUGGGAACCCUUUCCUUGUGGUCUGGUCUGCCGGGAACGUUCCUUCACAUCUUCCAGUGGACCACUUUGAGUGUCAUGUAAAGAUUUCAGCGCAUGUUCCUGGGUAUAAAGUCAUCUCGGGUGACAUGUCCUGGUCUCAGGGCUCAGUGUGGCGACUGUGCAGCAAGCCAGAGGAGCUGCUUGGGGAGGGGGCAGAAUUUAGCUGGGGGUGGGGUAGAUGGAGGCAGGGUGGCGUGUUGGCCCUUUGUGUUUGGUGCUCUGCUUCAGAUAGCAACAUCUUGGAAUUGCACCAGGAAAUUGCACCCACGUGCCAGCAUCUUGCAGGGAAAGGAAGGCCAUCCUCUAGCUACGCUUGAUCAUCUUAUUUAGGCAACGCCUGGGUCCCUCAGCACACAGUUUGAAAAGUAUUGCAUUAAAGAAACAUGUUCUUAUACCUAGGGACGGUUCCAGGUUUGAAAGGGCUGCAUUCUGAUGGGAGCCCCCCACAUCUGACAGGGGGACUACUGGCAGUCCUAGGCCACAUCCGCACCAAAUACUUUUCAGAACUAUGAUAGCAGUUGUGGCUUCCCCCAAAGAAUCCUGGGAACUGUAGUUUGAGCACUAGAAUAGGACUAAGGCCCCUCCUUCCUCUCAUAGAGUUACUGUUCUUAAGAGCUGUUUAACAAUCCCUUUCCCCUAGGAAUUCUGGGUAAUUGUAACUCUGCGAGGGGAACAGGGUUCUCCCGACAACUUUCAGCACCCUUAACCAACCCCAGUUCCCAUGUUCCUUUAGGGAGGAAUCCUAUAAAGUGGUAUGAAAGUGCUUUACAUGUGUGGUGCAGAUGUAAAGGGCCCGAGUGGGUUUAUCUGGCUGUGGCGGUUCUUGGAUCAGUGACAGAGGCUGGGCCGGCACCUCUGGAAGACGCUGUCGAAAUUUCCCAGAAUGCCCUGGGGUGACACCGUUGUAUGUAUUUUCGUGAGUGUGUCUGUGGGAAAUGGAAGCUUUCAUACAGUGCUGACCUGAUGACUAGGGAUUUUUUUGGUGGGGGGCCAGGGCAGGUAUUGUAAUUUCUGCAGCUCCAGGACUGCUUGAAUGAGCAAGAAUGGAGGGUUCAGGAGGCCCAGCAGGUCUGGCUGUGGCAUGUCAUUUUGAAGAAGCACACCCCGUCUGUGUUCUCCUCUUCUUUCCCUGCUCCCAGUGCCAGAAGUUUACUGGGCUGCUGGACAGCCAGUUGACUUCUUUCUUAGCAAUAACGUCUCAGGUGUUCCUCUUCUUUUUAAUCAGAUCUCCCAUCUCGUGGGAGGUAAAUGUAAUAUUUGUGCUGAUUAUGAUGAUGAUUACUAUUUUGGAAGGAGCUGCUAAGGCAAAGUCCUUUUGUUUACUGGAGAGUUGUCUUGGCUGUGGGGUCCUGGUGCUCUCGGCAGUGGGCACCACAAGGUGUGUUUGUGUGUCCAGAAUCUGAGGGGCAGGUGGAGCAAGCAGGACUAGGAAGUGCCAAGGAAACCCCAAUUUCUAGCAAGGUGGUUGUGCGCUGCAUUUUCUAUCACUUCCUGCAAGUCUGUGCUCGAGCAUAAUGGUUCAGAGCAUGAGCUAUGAGCCAGAAGGCCCCAGUUCAAAUCUCAGCCGAGCUACGAAUUUGCUGGUUGGCCUUUGGUGAGCUGCUGUCUCUCAGUUCUUGGGAGCCCUCUUUCUUUUCUCUAAUUUUGGGAAUAACAGUACUGGCCUACCUUACAGGGAUGUUGUAAGGAUUUCAAGGUAAUGUAAAGCGCUUUGAAAAAGCGCUCUAUAAAUACUAAGUAUUAUCAUUAGUGUUAUUCAGUGUAAGCAACGAUUCUAUUUUUCCUUGUCCUUUCCUUUUCUAAAGUUCAGAACAAUUGCACAAAUA